AUGGCCGCGGAUAUGAUGCCUGGGUUCCACAAGCUGUUGUCGGCCCAAGAUCGCAGCCUCCACUUACGCAAGGAGUUUGUCGUAAGGAUGGGCAACGUGCCUACCACCGAGUGCCCGAACUGCAACGGUACAGGGGCGGUCACGAGUCCCACAAACAUCCCGAUCGUGGUACGGGCCUUCGCAGGUGGGAUUUUGGGUGCUUCUCUUGGUCCUGGCGGCAUGGUGAUUGGUGCGGCCGGUGCAGCACUCAUGGAUGGCACCGUGACGACGUCACAGAAGUGCAGUCAGUGUAAUGGUCGUGGAAAAGUAGAGGUGGACAAAUCUCGCAAAGUCCAGCAUGCCUCCAGGACGCCAUCUGGUUGGCAUCGCCAAGGUGGCAAAACCAUGAAGAUGUAUCACGGAACAACUGCAGCCAAUGCUCAAUCGAUCCUCGAGAACGGCUUCAAGCCAUCGUCGAAUGGCAUGCUUGGUAAAGGAGUCUACGUUUCUGCUGACAUCGAGAAGGCCAAACGCUAUGGGCAUUCUGUCUUGGAAGUGGAGGCAAAGCUUGGAAAAACAAAGAAGAUCGAUUCGCAGAGUCAUCCCAUGCGCACCUCUUGGCAUAGCCAUGGGUAUGACUCUGCGUGGGUUCCGGCCAAUUGUGGGAUGGUGAGUUCGGGUCUCACUGAGACCUGCAUCUUUGAUCCAGACCGAAUCCGAGUCAUCAGGGAGGUGUGA